UCCUCCGGAAGUUCCUCCAGGAGUUCCUCCGGAAGUUCCUCCAGGAGUUCCUCCGGAAGUUCCUCCAGGAGUUCCUCCGGAAGUUCCUCCAGGAGUUCCUCCGGAAGUUCCUCCAGGAGUUCCUCCGGAAGUUCCUCCAGGAGUUCCUCCGGAAGUUCCUCCAGGAGUUCCUCCGGAAGUUCCUCCGGAAGUUCCUCCGGAAGUUCCUCCAGGAGUUCCUCCGGAAGUUCCUCCAGGAGUUCCUCCGGAAGUUCCUCCAGGAGUUCCUCCGGAAGUUCCUCCAGGAGUUCCUCCGGAAGUUCCUCCAGGAGUUCCUCCGGAAGUUCCUCCAGGAGUUCCUCCGGAAGUUCCUCCAGGAGUUCCUCCGGAAGUUCCUCCGGAAGUUCCUCCAGGAGUUCCUCCGGAAGUUCCUCCAGGAGUUCCUCCGGAAGUUCCUCCAGGAGUUCCUCCGGAAGUUCCUCCAGGAGUUCCUCCGGAAGUUCCUCCAGGAGUUCCUCCGGAAGUUCCUCCGGAAGUUCCUCCAGGAGUUCCUCCGGAAGUUCCUCCAGGAGUUCCUCCGGAAGUUCCUCCAGGAGUUCCUCCGGAAGUUCCUCCAGGAGUUCCUCCGGA